AUGAGUGCCCCGGUAUCCCUGCGGUCGGCACUGGGGCCGUGCCUUGUCUCCAAUGCUCGCGCGGGGAAAUUCCUUCCAGCGCCCUCGGUCUUGCAGGUCCGCCAAUUUGUCUCUCUCGCGUCUUCGCAUAAGAAACAGCUACCUGUCUCGCUGCCACGAUGGCCCUUCAUCUCGAAGCGAACGGCCACAACCACGUCCGCUCCGGAGCCCGUGCCUGCCACUCCCUACGCCGAGCUGACUGUUGGAGUUCCCCUCGAGACUUACCCCAAUGAACGCCGUGUUGCCAUCACUCCACCGAACGUGGCUCUGCUCCUGAAGAAGGGAUUUUCACGCGUCUUAAUAGAACGUGGUGCCGGCGAGGGAGCGCAGCUGUUCGACCAUGUCUACUCAAAAGCCGGCGCGACGCUGGUCGACCGAGACACGAUCUACUCUCAGAGCGAUAUUGUACUGAAGGUCCGCAAUCCGCAGACAGAGGGGCCAUUCAACGAAGUGCAGGCUCUACGUAAAGGCUCGACGAUCAUCUCUUUCCUGUAUCCCGCUCAGAACAAGCCCCUUGUUGAAGCGCUGGCCACCCGCGGGGUGACCUCAUUUGCCAUAGACCGCAUUCCGCGCAUCUCUCGCGCGCAGACAUUUGAUGCGCUCAGCUCUAUGGCUAACAUCGCUGGCUACAAGGCAGUCCUGGAAGCUUCAAACCACUUUGGUCGCUUCUUAACGGGUCAAGUGACGGCCGCCGGAAAGAUCCCGCCGAGCAAAGUUCUUGUGAUCGGAGCCGGUGUUGCUGGUUUGAGUGCAAUCGCUUCGGCCCGCCGGAUGGGUGCCAUUGUCCGAGGCUUCGACACCCGUCCUGCGGUUCGUGAGCAAGUCCAGUCCCUUGGUGCCGAGUUCAUCGAGGUGGAGUUGCAGGAAGAUGGAGCCGGCCAGGGUGGAUAUGCGAAAGAGAUGUCCAAAGAGUUUAUCGAAGCUGAGAUGAAACUGUUCAUGGAGCAAGCUCGUGACGUUGAUAUCAUUAUCACCACGGCGCUGAUUCCCGGAAAACCCGCACCGAAGCUCAUUACUAAGGAAAUGAUCGCUGCCAUGAAACCCGGCUCAGUCAUUGUCGAUCUUGCCGCUGAGGCAGGGGGAAAUUGCGAAGCAACUCUUCCUGGAGAAUUGUCCAGCUACAAAGAUGUCACCAUCAUCGGCUACACAGAUCUCCCUUCACGUUUGCCAACCCAAGCAUCCACGCUGUAUUCGAACAACAUCACGAAAUAUCUUCUGUCUAUGGCCCCCAAGGACAAGUCCUUUGGCAUUGACUUUAAGGACGAGGUUGUUCGAGGAUCCAUUGUUACUCUCGAUGGCGAAAUCGUGCCCCCGGCUGCUCCUCCCGCUCCCCCUCCUGCGCCCAAAGCAGAGGCUCAAAUAGUUGGGGCAAAGAAGGAGGAAGAAGUCGCGCUGACGCCCUGGCAAAAAGCCACUCGCGAUGUCACAGCAGUCACGGGAGCAAUGGGCACUACGCUUGCCCUGGGCAAGGCUACUGGUCCAAUCUUCAUGAGCAACAUGAUGACCUUUGGGCUUGCAGGCUUAGUUGGCUAUCGUGCAGUAUGGGGUGUGGCUCCUGCUCUCCAUUCGCCUCUCAUGAGCGUCACCAAUGCAAUUUCGGGUAUGGUUGGUAUCGGUGGACUGUUCAUCAUGGGUGGUGGCUAUGUGCCGACCACGCUCCCCGAGUACCUGGGUGCUGCGUCCGUGCUUUUGGCGUUCGUGAAUGUUUCCGGAGGAUUCGUGGUCACAAAGCGCAUGUUGGACAUGUUCAAGCGGCCGACUGAUCCCCCGGAAUACCCAUGGUUGUAUGCUGUCCCAGCGGUCUUGUUCGGUGGGGGCUUUGUGGCAGCUGCUAGCACCGGAAUGGGUGGUCUAGUUCAGGCUGGCUAUCUAGUCAGCACAAUCUUGUGCAUGAGUUCAAUCUCAGGUUUAGCCUCGCAGCAAACUGCCCGACGCGGAAACAUCUUCGGCAUUCUUGGUGUGGCAUCUGGAAUUCUCGCUUCCUUGGCCGCGGUGGGCUUCUCGACCGAAACCCUGACGCAGUUCAUUGCUGUUGCUGGUACUGGUGCUGUGGUUGGAGGUCUGAUCGGUCGUCGCAUCACACCAACUGGACUUCCUCAGACGGUUGCUGCCCUCCAUUCAGUGGUUGGCCUGGCAGCUGUUCUGACCAGCAUCGGAAGCGUUAUGGUUGAAGUUGCGGACAUUUCGACUUUGCACAUGGUAACAGCUUAUAUGGGCGUUCUCAUCGGCGGUGUGACCUUUACUGGUUCGAUCGUGGCUUUCCUCAAACUUGCAGGACGCAUGUCUUCUAGUCCAAACAUUCUACCUGCACGACACCUGGUGAAUUCAACAUUACUUACCAGUAACGCCGCAACGAUGGGGGCAUUUUUGACGAUGGCGCCGGCAAAUCCCGCGAUUGCAGCAACCUGCUUAGGAGCAAAUACCCUCCUAAGUUUCCUGAAGGGGUAUACCACUACUGCGGCCAUCGGCGGUGCCGACAUGCCCGUGGUGAUUACCGUGUUGAAUGCAUACUCCGGCUUUGCUCUUGUCGCCGAAGGCUUGAUGCUCGACAAUCCGCUUCUGACCAGUGUCGGGUCUCUCAUCGGUGUCAGCGGUUCCAUCCUGUCCUACAUCAUGUGUGUAGCCAUGAACCGAUCGCUCACGAAUGUCCUCUUUGGGGGUCUUUCGGCACCAACGCAGACCCAAAAGAAGAUCGAAGGUGAGGUCAAAGCGGCCAGCGUCGAGGAUACCGUUGAGGCACUGUCCAGUGCCGAGAACGUGAUCAUUAUCGUCGGCUACGGCAUGGCCGUCGCCAAGGCUCAAUACGCCCUCGCUGAGAUCGUCGGUCUCCUGCGUGCUCGAGGUGUGAACGUCCGCUUUGCUAUCCACCCCGUCGCCGGCCGCAUGCCUGGUCAGUGCAAUGUGCUACUCGCCGAGGCGUCUGUGCCGUACGAUAUUGUCCUCGAGAUGGACGAGAUCAACGACGACUUUGCCGACACCGAUGUCACGCUUGUCAUCGGCGCCAACGACACUGUCAACCCCAUCGCCAUGGAGCCGGACUCCUCUAUCUCCGGCAUGCCUGUCCUCCAUGCAUGGAAGAGCAAGGAGGUGAUUGUCAUGAAACGGGGCAUGUCGAGCGGAUACGCCGAUGUCCAGAACCCGAUGUUCUUCAUGCCGGGUACGAAGAUGCUAUUCGGAGACGCCAAGACCUCCUGCGAUGCCAUCAAAGCUGCCCUGGAGGCACACAAAUAA